AUGAGAUCAACCCUGCUAGCCGGUCUAUUCAGCUUGGCUGUGACAGCUUCUUCCUCAGCUGCUUCUUCCUCAGAGCAAGUUGUGCUAGGACCGUCAGUCCAGCAGUCUCAAGAUGAUAUUGGACAAUUCAUAAAACCAAAAAGACGACCUCUUAAAGGUCGUUUCUUGCAUAUAACGGAUAUACACCCAGACCCGCAUUACAAAUCUGGAGCUACGUUCGAUUCGGGAUGUCAUAAGAGAGAUAAAGAUAAGAAGGGGAAGAAAGGAAAGGGGAAGGGAAAGGGGAAGGCUACCGAUGUGGAUGAUGAUGAUGAUGGUAUGGAAAUGUUGAAAGAUAAAGAUAAAGAUGAUUUAGACCUGGCUGGUAAAUGGGGUACAGCUGUUUCGAAAUGCGAUACUCCCAUGUCAUUGGUGAACAUAACCUUCGACUGGUUGAAGGAAGAAUGGAAAGAUGAGAUUGAUUUUAUAAUUUGGACGGGUGACAAUGCCAGACACGACAUAGACCGUUCACUCCCACGUACGCCCAACGAGAUAUACGAUCUAAACCGAAUGGUCGUUUCCAGAAUGUUAGAUACGUUCGGUACGGAUAUACCGAUAGUACCAAGUAUAGGUAAUAAUGAUAUUUACCCUCAUAACGUUAUGGCUGCUGGACCAAGUAAACUGACCGAAGAAUUCUUACACAUAUGGGGUAAAUUCAUUCCACCUGAUUAUUCUCACGUAUUCGAGCGAGGUGCAUAUUACUCUGUGGAAGUUAUACCAGAUACCUUAGCUGUGAUCUCACUCAAUACUUUAUUUUGGUAUGACUCAAAUACCUUGGUAGAUGGAUGUGGUGACCACUCAAAUGACCCCGGUGCACUGGAAAUGGAUUGGUUGGACGUACAGUUGUCCGGGUUCAGGGAUAGAGGUAUGCAAGUUUGGUUGACAGGUCAUGUACCCCCUCAUAUGGGUUAUUAUUAUGAUAAUUGCUAUCUGCGGUAUGGUGAUUUGGCUCUGAGGUAUCAGGAUACGAUCGUUGGACAUCUGUUUGGACACAUGAACAUCGAUCAUUUCUUCUUCAUUGACGUUGACGAGCUGGAAGCCACCCCAGUCACUCGAUCAAAAGUCGGUUCCAAGAAGAACUUCUCCCCUCUGACAGCAAAUCUAUCCUCUCUACCUUCUUUCGAUCCUCUCUCUGAUAGCUCGAUAGGAAUUUUCGGUGCUGGAGAUGUAUUGAAAGUGGAACUUAGGAAAGAUUUUCAAGAUAUGCCAGGACCUAAGGAUUUGAAAUUGAAAGAUUACAUUGCUGUCAAUGUUGCUGCUAGUGUCAUCCCAACUUAUUUACCCGGCUUGAGAAUAUUCUCCUACAAUAUCUCUGGAUUGGGCGAUGAGAAGAAUGAAAGAGCUUUUUACAACCCCCAUCGGAUCUCGACUGAUCCCAUUGACGACGACGAAGAGGAGGAUGCAGAUGAUUACGAAGAGGACGAAGAUGAUAAGAUUGAUAUAGAAAAGAAGAAACCUCGUCGACCAGGUCAUCGACACGGUAAAAAACCUAAAGGCGAUUGUAAAAGACCUGAAAAUGAAGAUAAACCACAUUGUGUAUUUAGGAGAUUACCCCGAUAUUAUUCUAAAGAUUCACCUUCGAGGUCCAAUAAGGCUUUAACUCCGUUGGGUUAUACUCAAUUUUAUCUGCCCAAGUUGAAUGAACAAAAGAAGAAACCCGAAUGGGAAAUUGAAUAUACGACUUAUAAAAAGGAUGUCUUGGUUCCUUCUUAUUCCAACGGUACAGGAUGGAAUCAGCCUCCGCCUAUACCACUUGGAUUGUUACCGGAAUACGAUCAAACGCUCUUCGACAAUAAUGAGAAUGGGAGUGAUGAAGAGAUAACGAAGAAGAAGAAAAGUAAAUUCGAGAAAGUAUUGAAGAAGAUAACACCAUGGAAAAUGCCUGAUUUGACCAUCCCGAAUUACGUGAAAUUGAGUAGGAAGUUGGUGGGUGAUAAAGAUAUGUGGGAUAAGUUCCAGGAAUUAAUGUGA